AUGUCUAGUAUCGUAUCAAGAAGAUAUCUAUGUUUGGCAGUUGCCAUGAUAAUGAUGGUGAUGUCUUGUUUGAUGGUCAACACCGUCACCCAGGGAGCAUCAGUCAUUGGUAUCGACAUUGGUGCACAAUCCUUCAAGAUUGGUUUGAUUAAACCAGGAUCAUUCGAAACUGUUCUCAAUGAACAAAGUGGUAGAAAGACACCAACUCAAAUCGGUUGGUUUAGAGAUGAACGUGUAUUUGCAUCAGAUGCAUUUAAUAUGUGGGCAAGAAACCCAAAACAAGUAUAUUCAAUGUUUCAACCAUUAUUAGGUACUGUCUACAGAGAAGGAAUACUAGAAGAAAUUGGUUUGGGAUCACUUGGAUACAGUGUGUCGAAUGACACUCAACGUAAUACUUUUGCGAUCAAGUAUGAUGACGAGACCAACUAUUCACCAGAGGAAUUGCAAGCCAUGAUCUUUAGAAAGGUCAAAGAGUUGGCAUCGGCAUCGACACAAUCCAACGUCAAGGAAUGUGUGAUUGCCGUCCCACCCUACCUCACCCAACAACAACGUCAAGGUGUUCUCGAUGCCGCCUCAUUGGCCGGUCUCAGCGUACUCUCUCUCAUCAAUGGUAUCAAUGCUGCCUCGAUUAAUUUCGCAAUGGACAGAACAUUUGACAAAAAUACCACUGCCAUCUUUUACGAUAUGGGUGCCAAGUCGACCAAACUCUCUUUGGUUCAAUUCUCUUCUACCACCAUUCUCGAUACAAAGACUAAAAAGAAUAAGACUACUACUCACAAUGUUGUAAAAUCAAUGGAAUGGGAUGAAAAUCUUGGAGGUAUUGAUUUUGAUAUGGUUAUUGUCAAUCAUUUAAAGACAUUGAUCAAGAAGCAACUCCCAAGUGCAGAUACAACCGAUAAAAAGUUAACCAUCAAGCUUAUCAAGGAAGCCAGCAAGAUGAAGGAAAUGUUGAGCGCCAAUCAACAAGCCCACAUUUUCAUUGGUAGUUUAAUCGAUGAAUUUGAUUUCUCUGCUUCAAUCUCUCGUAAAGAUUUUGAAGAUCUAAGUGCUCCAUUAUUUGAAAGAUCAAUUCUUCCACUUCAAAGAUUAAUUGAAUCAAAUGGUUUAACUCCAAAUGAUAUUGAUUUUAUUGAAUUAAUUGGUGGAUGUACAAGAAUUCCAUCAGUUCAACAAGCAUUAAAGACAUAUUUAAAGAGAGAUAUAUUGGAUAAACAUUUGAAUGGUGAUGAAUCUGCUUCAUCUGGAGCAGCAUUCUUUGCAGCUGGACAAACCCAUUAUUUCAGAGUAAAGGAUAUUCGUCUCAAGGAUAUUACUCCAUACGCUGUCAAUGUCGACAUUAUCAACAGUGAAGGAAACAAUGUUGAUACUCCAUCGACCGACGGCGGUGCCGACGAAGAGACUGCCACCUUUGACAAUCCAAAGGCCUACUUUUUCAAAAAGAACAACAGAAUCAACGUCAAAAAGACUCUUUCCUUUAGCACCACCCAACCAUUCCUCCUCAACGUCACCUACCCCGAACAAAACGUCAACAUUGCCGUCUACAACAUCACAUCGAUCCCACAAGCCAGCGACAGUCUCAACUUUACCGGCAAGCCAAAGAUCCACUGUUCGUUGAAACUCAACAGCAACGGUAUGGUUGUUUUAGAGCGUGCCGAGGCCGAAGUCACUAUUACCUUUAAAAAGUUGAAACCAAAGUCUGCUCCAGCCACACCAUCUGACAUUAAAAAGGACGAGGAUGACGAAGACUCUAUCAAAGAGUCACUCGAAGAAGACAUCAACCCAGACUUGGAAAAGGAAGAAGAGGAAGCCAAAAAGAUCAAGGAGGAAAAGGAGAAAAAGGACGACGAACCAGUUCUCUUCCUCCAACAAGAGUUUGAAUGGAUCACCAAGACCCAACGUAUUCCACUCAACUAUACCGUCUCUUACCAAACCGUCCUUCCUCUUUCCAAGGACCAAAUCUCUACCCUCAAACAAAGACUUGACGAACUCGACAGCAAGGAUGCCGCCCUCAGAGCACUCCACAAUGAAAAGAAUACAUUGGAAUCACUCAUCUAUGACCUUCGCGACAAGCUCGAGGGAGAAGAGUAUCUCACAUGCUCCACCUCUCAAGAGAGACAAGACAUCUCUGACGAACUUGACAAGGCAUCCUCUUGGUUGUCCGACGCCCAGGACAAUGAUCUCACCGAUGUCACCGAAUACCAAGCUCAAACCAAGAACCUCAAGAAAAAGAUUGAAAAGAUUGUCAGUAGAAUCAACGCCAAGGAACAACUUCCAAAGGUCUUGGAUGACUUGUCAGCUCUUGUUGCCAAGGUCAAGGUCAUCAUGUCCAAUGUCACCAAAGACCUAAACAUCACCGAAGAAGAGGUGAAAUUAAACAAUGACAAGAUCAACACUAUCGAUAAAUGGGUUGUUGAAAAGAAAUCAGAAUACAAGGUUGCAGAUUUCUCAAAAGAUUUAUCAUUCACAUCUACUGAUGCAAAGUUUAAAUUCUAUACAUUGGAAAACUUAAUUAAAGAAUUGGCUAAAAAGAAGAGAAAGCCUGCUCCAAAGAAACCAACUACCACAAAGACAAAGGAUGAAAAGACAAAGGAUGAAAAGACAAAGGAUGAAAAGAAAGAAGAUAAAAAGGAAGAAGAACCAAUUCCACAACAACCACUAGAAACAGAUGAACCAAAACAUCAAGAACAAAACGAUAGUAGUGAAGCUCCAGAUAUUGAAGGAGAUGACCAACAAAAUGAUAAACCAAAGCAACAUGAAAGCCAUGGUCAUGAUGAACUUUAA